UAAGUGGAAGAUUUCAUUAUAAAAACAAAGAUUUCACUUUAUCUAUUGCAUUGAGAAAAUAUGGAGAAGGAUAUUGAUGGAGAAAAUCCCACAAGGGUUAACAAAUAUGCUUGUGCUUGUGCAAUUGUUGCUUCCAUGAUAUCUAUCAUCUUUGGCUAUGAUACCGGUGUGAUGAGUGGAGCAAUGAUUUAUGUGAAAGAAGAAUUCCAAAUCAAUGAUGCAAAAACAGAAGUAUUAGCAGGGAUUCUAAAUUUAUGUGCACUAGUUGGGUCACUUUGUGCAGGAAGAACUUCUGAUAAUAUUGGGAGACGUAACACUAUAAUUAUAGCUUCAUUAAUUUUCUUUAUUGGAUCAGUAUUAAUGGGAUAUGGUCCAAAUUAUCCAACAUUAUUAGUUGGAAGAUGUGUUGCUGGUGUUGGUGUUGGAUUUGCACUUAUGAUAGCACCAGUUUAUUCAGCAGAAAUUUCAUCACCAUCAUCACGUGGGUUUUUAACAUCUUUACCAGAAAUUGGAAUUAGUAUUGGUAUUUUACUUGGUUAUUUGUCUAAUUAUAUUUUUUCAAGAUUGUACCUUGAACUUGGUUGGAGAAUGAUGUUAGGAGUUGCAGCAAUUCCUUCACUUUUCUUGGCUAUUGGCAUUCUUAAAAUGCCAGAGUCGCCUAGAUGGCUUAUUAUGAAAGGCCGUCUAGGAGACGCCAAGAAAAUAUUGUACAAAGUUUCGAAUAGCCCUCAAGAAGCUGAAAUUCGAAUCAGGGAUAUUAAACAGGCUGUAGGAAUCGACGAGAAUUGUAACGAUGACAUUGUCAAGCUCCCCGAUUCAGCAAAAACACAAGGUGGAGGGCUUUGGAAAGAAUUGUUGCUAAAACCAACCCCAUCACUAAGAUGGAUUUUAAUAGCUGGUGUUGGAAUUCAUUUCUUUGAACAUGCAACUGGGAUUGAAGCUGUAAUAUUGUAUAGUCACAAGAUUUUUGCCAAAGCAGGAGUACAUGACACUAGGAAGCAAAUACUAGCCACAGUUGGAGUUGGAAUGACAAAAUUUAUAUUUAUAGUCCUCUCCACUUUCUUGAUUGACAAAGUUGGUAGAAGAAAAUUAUUGUUAACAAGUUUAAGUGGCAUGGUAGUAACAUUAGCUGCACUUGGGUUUUUCCUAACAUUGGCAGAGAAUUCUGGUGGCCAUCUUAUUUGGGCUUUGGUACUUUGUAUAAUCACAACCUAUGCAGUUGUGAUGUUUUUCAACAUUGGGCUUGGGCCUGUUACUUGGGUUUAUAGUGCUGAAAUAUUUCCUUUAAAGUAUAGAGCAUUGGGUACUGGUAUUGGCGUUGCAGUUAAUAGAUUGAUGAAUGCUACUGUUUCCAUGAGUUUUCUUUCCAUUUCUGGAGCAAUUACAACUGGAGGUGCUUUUUUCUUGUUUGCUGGAGUAUCUUUCGGGGCUUUGAUUUUCUUUUACUUCUUUUGUCCCGAGACAAAAGGAAAGUCUUUGGAAGAAAUGGAAACGGUUUUCACUAGAGGCAAACCCUCCGAGAAGGUUAACAAAUAAACGGAGAUUCAAAAACAUUGAUGGCAGGAGUUGCACUUUAUAUUUUAAGAUAAUUAUAGUCUGAUGCCUUUUGGUGAUCUAAUGUAUAGGAUAGCCAGCAAAUUUAUAGAUUAAGUAUAAAGUAUACAUAUUAUAUACAAGUUGUAUUCACAAAAUA